AUGGAGAAAUAUCUAUUUCUCUGCAUUUUCUUGGCUUUCUUACUUCAUUUUUCGACACUUUCCUUCGUUCAUGCACGAGUAACCGACAUUUCCACAGACAAGCAAGCUCUUCUUGCCCUGAAAGCUCGUAUAAGCCAUGAUCCAACCAAUUUGUUGGCCAGCAAUUGGUCCACAAAUUCUUCUGUUUGUCAUUGGAUGGGCAUAACUUGUGGUGCUUGUCACCUUCGAGUAACAGCUUUGAAUAUUGCUCACUUGGGUCUCACAGCCACCCUUCCUCCUCAACUGGGAAAUCUAUCUUUCCUUGCAAGGCUAGAUAUCACAAACAACAGCUUUCAUGGCUCUCUCCCUGAGGAAUACGCUCAGUUACGUCGACUGAAAUACCUUAGUUUAAGCUUUAAUAAAUUAUCGGGUGAACUCCCUGCAAGCAUUUUUGAUAAUCUUCCCAAUUUGCAACUGCUUUAUUUGAAUUCUAACAUAUUGGAAGGAAAAAUACCAUCGAUCUUAUCAAAAUGCAGAAGCUUGCAACACUUGAACUUGUCAAACAAUAAUUUCAUAGGAGUCAUUCCGAAAGAAAUUGGAAACUUGACUCAACUGAGACUGGUCUAUCUUGGAUUCAACAAACUCCAAGGACAAAUUCCAACAGAGCUUGGCAAUCUUGCGAAGCUGGAGGUAUUAUCACUGGUAAAUAAUUCCUUAACAGGAACUAUUCCAAAUAGCUUGGGGCUAUGUGGAAUGCUUCGUUCUCUUCUGUUGUCGAACAACCAAUUGCAAGAACAUAUUCCGAGAGAAAUUGGGAACUUGACAUUAAUCAAGCGUCUAUAUCUAAGCUGGAAUAAAUUAACAGGUAAAUAA